CUGUACGGUACACUACGUUACAUUGGGAAACCUGAGAAAUUUCCAUCACAGAGGGGUGGGAACCUUGAAAAGAGAGAGCAGGUUCCCCCUGAAUCGAGAGAAAAACUGACCACAGGCUACUACAGUCCACGCUCUCUUUACAUCUGCCUGUUCUCGCCUUCAGACUGCCGGGGCCGCCACGCUCACCUGUUCACUACUUUCAUCAUGGUCCUCCUGGCACUGGUGCUUGCUGCUGUCAUCGUUGAGUACGUCUCCGGGAGACCCCCACUGCCUCCUCUGCCAAUGAAAGACGGCUGCUACGUGGUGUCUCCAGAGGUGGAGAUAUUCAGAGUGGAAGGCGAAGCCAUAAUCCUCUCCUUCCCAAUGUUCCUGAGGGUGCUCCAGAUUCGCAAAAUCGCCCCGCCCGCCGCCAAGUACCUCAUCUCCAAAGGGGACAAUGGGACGGAGGGCGCGGCCUAUGAGGGCGACGGGCAUGUCCAGCAGCAUGACAAACAGCUGUGGUUCCUCCCAGCUCAGGCCUCAGACUCAGGGGAAUACGUCUGCACUUACAGAAAUGAAACCUACUGUGUGACUGGGAGCAUCACGCUGCACGUGUACGAGUCCAGUUCAGUGGACCUAAAGAAACUGUCCUAUCCCAUCCCUGCCACGGUGGGCCAGAGGUUGAGAUUGCCGUGUCCCUCUCUGGAUGACUUCAACAGUACAGACAGACUGAUAGAGUGGUACAAGGACUCCAGCUCCACGGCCCUCCGACUGGGCACGGAAGGCUCCUUGCAGCGCGACGGUGGGAAAGUGUUGAUCCCCGCGGUGAAGCGAUCCCAUGCGGGCCUCUACAUCUGCCGGCUCAGAGUGCUCAUCAACAGCCAGCAGUACAAAGUCAGCAGAGCCAUCCGGCUCCGUGUGCACGGUCCGGAUCCUGCGAUCACUACCACUGUGCCUGACCUCUCUACGACCUCUGACCCAGAGAUUAGCAGCAGCCACAGCACAGUUCGCGCUCCAAUAAUUCAGCCACCUGUGAUUGUUUCGCCACUGAAUAGAACCAUUUUUGAAAGUUCACACGGUUCAGAGCUGGAGCUGUUUUGCAAGGUUCUCACUGAGUGUCGAACGGCAGACUCCACUUUGGUCACAUGGCUGGUCGAUGGCCAUCCAGUGGAGUCAUCGCACCGGGAUGUGCGGGCUCUGCAGGGGGGAAGCAGUGUAACCGAGGUGUCCGAGGGCUGCCAGAUUGAGUUGAGGCUAAUUGUGGGUGAGAUGACAGAAGAAGACGUGAAGACGGAGCUGAGGUGUGUCGCUCGGAACCAAGGAGGAGAAGAGGAAGUUUUUGUGCAGCUUCAGCUAGAGGACCCCACGUUUACAUGGCUGGUGGUAGCUGUGGUGGCCGUAUCCUGCUUCAUGACAGUGGUGUCUAUCUUCCUCUAUGUCCUCUUCAAACCUAAAAGGAAAAGGAAAAUGGAUUACAUCCUGGCUCGACAGAACAGCACCUUCUAGCUCUGCUAGUGAACCCAUUGCCUCCGCAAACAAAGACCUCCUUUAAUGUGUGUGCUGUUACAUCGGCUUAGGCUUUCACGCCUCCUGUGUGUGUGACGUUGUGCAGUGGCACCGCCACAUUGUGUUUCUGAUCGGCUCUCCUUUUACGGGGAUCCGGUGUUUUUAAAUCAGUAGCUGCCUUCAGUGACAGUAACGUGCUGUCACCCACUGCCCUCCAUUUCUUCGUCCUGAACUGGGAAUCACACGAGGAUUUUUUUUUUUGUCUCCCUUGAGCGAUGUAGUACGCGCUCAUGUGGCAAUUAGCCAUUGCAGGAGUUUUUUCUUUCCUGCGUCUUUCUCGUGUUGCCGUGGCCGAAACAUCCCGCUGAACUGUUAUAUACAGACUAACCAAAGCGAUGCUUGACAGAAGUCCAGCAGAAGUUCUAAUACGUGGUCAAAUUCAGUGACGGUUUCUGCCGUGGCGACAUCUGUAUAUAUGUGCGUACAACUUACAAGUGUAUGUGAAGUCCUUUCGUUUGUUUAUGUUGUCAUUCUAACACUCCAUCAAAAAUAUAAACUCAGUGGCCGCUUUACUAGGCACACCUGUAGAAUUUACUGCAAUCCAAUAGAACAGCUCAGCCACGGAUUCUACCUUUUACAAAGAUGAUAAUGUUGACUUCUGAUUGAAAACUGUCAGAGAAGUAUUAUUUAACCAUGUUUUUAUUACUGAGGCUAUAGUUUGCAGUGGCAAAACGAACUAACAAAACCCUCAGUAUAAUGAGGUCCGGUUCAACACCACUGCAAACUAUAUACCUGCGUGUAUUUUUAAAAAAUAUAAUUAAAUGUUCUCGGGGGGAAACACCUCGUAAAAGUCGAAAAGUCUUCAGUCCAUUUGCAUGUCGGCAUGCCUGCACAUUUACACGGCAAAUCUGACUAUGCUAAAAGACAAUGGUUUGAGAAGAUACGCUCAGUGUUGAUGUGAUCCGGUGUAUGAUUUCUAAUGUUAUAAUCCUGUAAAAGAAGUGUUACAUUAAAGCUCCAUUAAA